AUGGCGUGCGCACCGGUCUUGACUAUUGACACGGACGGGGCUCGUGUCGACGCAUGGGCUGACCACAUCUGGCAGCGCGGCUCGGAUCCAGGUUUGAAGUCCAAACACGACGUGCUGGACGCCGGUGGGCUUGGCGCUGGAAGGCGCACAGGAGGCGGCGAAGAAGUUCGCCGGUGUGCUCUGGGUGAGGGCAAGUCCGUCAUACGGUGCCUGCGGCAGACGGAACACGAGUUGCCUUCCGGCAGCGGGGAGAGGAGGAACAGAGCAGAGCUUCUAGAAAGAUUUGCCGAGUUUAAGUCCUUGAAAUUCCGUUUUGCAACACAGAUGAGAGGUGCUGAGAGGGUCUACGUUCUGAUGCAGAGGGAGGUCGAGGGGAAUUCAAUCGAGGAUGGCUUGCAGGAAAAGGAGUUGCCGUCUUUGAUGAAAGCCGCUCAUAGUACACCGCACUGCUACCAAUGA